AUGAUUUUCGAUCCCACUAUGAGCAAGAAGAAGAAGAAAAAGAAGAAGCCCUUUAUGUUGGAUGAGGAAGGAGGGGAUACACAAGCAGAAGAGACUCAGCAAUCGGAAACAAAAGAAGUAGAACCAGAGCCAACAGAAGACAAAGAUGUUGAAGCAGACGAAGAAGACAGCAGGAAGAAAGAUGCAACAGAUGACCUGGAUGAUUUAAACUUUUUCAAUCAAAAGAAAAAGAAGAAAAAAACAAAAAAGAUAUUUGAUAUAGAUGAAGCAGAAGAAGGUGUAAAGGAGUUGAAAAUAGAAGGAGAUGUGCCAGAGGCAGUAGAACCUGAAGAUGACCUUGAUAUCAUGCUGGGCAAUAAAAAGAAGAAAAAGAAGAAUGUGAAGUUUCCAGAUGAAGAUGAGAUAAUGGAGAAGGAUGAAGCUUUUGAGGAUGAAGAUAGCAAAAAAGAUGAUGGCAUUUCUUUUAGCCUUCAGUCAGGUCCUGCGUGGGCAGGCUCAGAAAGGGACUACACGUAUGAUGAGUUGCUCAACAGGGUAUUUAACAUCAUGCGGGAAAAAAACCCAGAUAUGGUCGCUGGAGAAAAACGAAAAUUUGUCAUGAAGCCUCCGCAGGUUGUAAGAGUAGGGACCAAGAAAACAUCUUUUGUCAACUUUACAGAUAUCUGCAAAUUAUUACAUCGUCAGCCAAAACAUCUCCUGGCAUUUUUGUUGGCAGAAUUGGGUACAAGUGGCUCAAUAGAUGGUAACAACCAACUUGUAAUCAAAGGAAGAUUCCAGCAAAAACAGAUAGAAAAUGUCUUGAGAAGAUAUAUUAAGGAGUAUGUCACCUGUCAUACGUGUCGGUCACCAGACACAAUCCUACAGAAGGACACCAGAUUAUAUUUCUUGCAGUGUGAGACCUGCCACUCUCGCUGCUCCGUCGCCAGCAUCAAAACUGGUUUCCAGGCUGUCACAGGCAAGAGAGCACAGCUCCGUGCCAAAGCUAACUAGUUUGCUAAUCAACACUGGAUUUUGCAAAGUGUUCUGGGGAGAUAUGACUGGACAGGUUUACAAUCGGAGUGGAUUUACCAUUGUAUUAAAACAAGAUUGUAAAAAACUACCAGAAAUUUGGCUUUUGAUUGAUUGGUCUGUGAAAUCCUUGCAAGAUGCAGAUCCUCAAGCUGUUCACAUACGUUUGCUCAUUGAAUAUAUUUUACCAACUUUAAGGAACGUGAUAGGAAAGGAGGUGCUUUUUAAUUCAUUCAGACUUCUGUAAAACCCAAGAUAAAUUAAAGAUACUAUAACAGUGA